GCGGCCGUGGCCUUUGGGGUGGCCGACAUCAUCGUGGUGCUUUUGUACUUCGCCUUCGUCCUCGUCGUUGGGAUAUGGUCAUCGAUACGAGCAAGUCGCGGAACCAUCGGAGGUUACUUCCUAGCUGGAAGAUCCAUGACUUGGUGGCCUAUUGGAGCAUCCCUGAUGUCAAGCAACGUGGGCAGUGGUUUAUUCAUCGGCCUGGCAGGCACUGGAGCAGCUGGGGGCCUUGCUGUUGGGGGCUUUGAGUGGAAUGCUACCUGGGCACUUCUGGCUCUCGGCUGGGUCUUUGUGCCUGUUUACAUUGCAGCAGGAGUGGUGACCAUGCCUGAGUACCUGCAGAAGAGAUUUGGAGGGCAGAGGAUACAAAUCUACAUGUCUGUACUGUCCCUCAUUCUCUAUAUAUUCACCAAGAUAUCCACAGACAUUUUUUCUGGAGCAUUGUUCAUCCAAAUCUCUUUGGGUUGGAACCUCUACUUGUCCACUGUGGUCUUGCUUGCAGUGACUGCUGUCUACACCAUAGCAGGUGGUUUAACAGCUGUGAUAUACACAGAUGCACUACAGACCCUGAUCAUGGUGCUGGGAGCUUUGGUCCUCAUGUUCAUAGGGUUUGAAAAAGUUGGCUGGUAUGAAGGACUUCAGGAGAAAUACAGCAGAGCAAUACCAAAGAUCAUAGUCCCAAACACAACCUGUCACCUCCCACGUGCAGAUGCCUUUCAUUUGUUCAGGGAUCCAAUCACAGGAGACAUUCCUUGGCCUGGCCUCAUAUUUGGCCUCUCUGUGCUGGCUCUUUGGUGCUGGUGCACUGACCAGGUGAUAGUCCAGAGGUCUCUCUCUGCCAAGAACCUCUCCCAUGCCAAAGGUGGAUCUGUGCUGGGAGGAUAUCUGAAAAUCUUCCCUAUGUUUUUCAUUGUCAUGCCAGGAAUGAUCAGCAGAGCUCUUUACCCAGAUGAAGUGGGCUGUGUGGAUCCAGACAUCUGUAAAAGGGUCUGUGGAGCUGCAGUGGGUUGUUCCAACAUUGCCUACCCCAAACUGGUGAUAGAACUCAUGCCUGAUGGGCUCCGGGGUUUGAUGAUUGCUGUAAUGAUGGCAGCUUUGAUGAGUUCUCUCACCUCCAUUUUCAACAGCAGCAGUACUCUCUUCGUUAUAGACAUCUGGCAACGGAUCCGCAGAAAGGCUUCCGAGCAGGAGCUGAUGAUUGUGGGCAGAGUCUUCAUCCUCAUCCUUGUAGUGGUCAGUAUUCUCUGGAUCCCAAUCAUUCAAUCAGCCAACAGCGGCAAGCUCUUUGACUACAUUCAGUCCAUAACCAGCUAUCUAGCCCCACCAAUCACAGCUCUCUUCAUCUUGGCAAUCUUCUGCAAGAGGAUUAAUGAGCCUGGUGCUUUCUGGGGCCUCAUGGUUGGGCUUGCUGUUGGUCUGGUUCGGAUGAUCAUCGAGUUUGUUUAUAGCACCCCAUCUUGUGGUGAGGAGGACAGAAGACCAGCUGUACUGAAGGACUUGCACUACCUGUACUUUGCCCUCAUCCUCUGUUUCCUCACCGCGAUUGUCAUCGUCCUUAUCAGUCUCUGCACACCCCCAAUCCCUGAAGAAAAGCUCUCUCGUCUGACAUGGUGGACAAGGCACAGAAAAGAACCUGACAUUGACCUGAAAAACUACAAGAGUGAAGCAGCACAGAUCAAUCCAGACAACAGAGAGAGUGACUUGGUUGAAAGUGCAGAUUCAGGCACUGCAGAGGAGCUUCCCUGUUGGAAAAAGCUGUACCUGUGGUUCUGUGGUCUGUCCACUGGCCCCGCAGCCUCCCUGUCCCAGGAGGAGAAAGCUGCCCUGGAACGGAGACUCACCAGCAUUGAGGAAACGCCCCUGUGGAGGAAUGUUUGCAAUGUUAAUGCUAUUCUCCUGCUGACCAUUAAUGUCUUUCUUUGGGCAUAUUUCAGCUGA